GAGCUUGGUAGAGUUCUGUUGGGUUUCUGAAGAGAACUGUCUGAUUUGGUGCUAGUCUUGGAUGAUUGCUCUUUAUGGCUAUGAAGGAGAUUUGUGUUUGGAAAGGGCUCAUUUUAGCCCUUUUCUUCUUUGUUGUUGAUGGACAGAGAUCAGGACCAUCCUUCUUGGUGACAUUUCCUGCGCUGAUUGAGUCUGGCUCUGAUGCCAAAUUUUGUGCGAGUCUUUUAAGACCCAAUGAGAGUCUCACAAUGACCAUGUCUCUGGUUGAUGAGAAAAACAGGAUGACCCAGCUUGGGCAGCAGAGCUCUUCGACAGAGUUUCACCGCUGUUUUAGUUUUCAGGCUCCUCGAGUAGAUGGAGAAUUAGUGCAGAAAUUGAGGGUGCUACUUCAAGGGAGGUUCUUCAAAAUGACUGAAGAGAGGAAAGUGAUGUUUAGAUCCUACCUGCCUUUGACCUUCAUCCAAACUGACAAACCCAUCUACAACCCAGGACAAACUGUGAAAUUCAGAGUUGUGACCAUGGAUGUUAAAUUUGUUCCUCUUGAUCGAUUGUACAGUCUAGUGGUGGUGGAGGACAAUCAUAGUAACCGCAUUGGUCAGUGGACCAAUGUCUCAUCAGUGGCAUGGAUAUUGCAGCUUUCUCACCAGUUAAAUCCAGAGGCUCAGGUCGGGAUGUACACAUUGAGGGCUUUCAUUGGUGACCAAAUGUUCUCGCAGGUCUUUGAGGUGAAAAAGUAUGUUUUACCCAAGUUUUCAGUCACUGAAACUGUACCACAGAUGCAUAGUGUGGGAGAUGUGGGACUGAAAGUUGAGGCUUGUGGCAAAUACACGUAUGGGCAACCUGUACCUGGUCAAGCCUUGGUGGAAGUGUGCCGUGAACCAUUUCCAUACUCUGUGGUACCUGGCGUGUCUCGUGUGUGUCUAAUUAAAACCACUAAGAUGAACGACACUGGUUGUGCUUCCCUUACGUUCAGUACAUCUGCAUUUUUCAACACCAAAUUUGAAGAUAACCUGCAAGAUUCAUUUCUUGUUAAUGUGAAUGUCACUGAGGAUGGAACAGACAUAGUGAUGUGCAAAUCCACAACUGUGUCCAUUACGUUUGAAGUCGGCAAGGCCACAUUUUUGGAGCUGCCAGGUUACUUUGACUAUGGAUCCGUGAUUAAUGGAAAGAUCUUGGUGUCCUAUUUCAAUGGGACUCCAAUUGCGAGCAAGGCAGCCUAUCUCCUGGAUGGUAGCCAAUGGCCCAACAAACUGCUGUUGAAUCUGACUACAAACCAAAAUGGACUGGCUGCUUUCUCCCUCAACACUGCUGACUUCCCUAAAGCAGAUCUGAAUUUGGUGGCAAGUGCAACUGCAGCAGUUGUGUAUGGUUAUAAAUCCCCAUACUUCAGCACCGAUACGAGGACGGUGUCACUUUUCCAAACUGGUACUCCUGACAACCCAACAUUUAGUGAACUGACAAUAGUGAAACUUGAGCAGCCACUGAAAUGUGGCACCAAGUAUCCAGUUUCGGUCAAAUAUUCGUUUGUCGGAGAGACUGGUGACUACAGUGCUGACAUCAUCUAUAUGGUCUUAUCCAGAGGAGUGAUUGUUCUGCAUGGAUUUCAGAAGGUCACAGCGAGGGCGUUGAAUACGCUUACAAGUGGUACGGUGUCAUUUGACCUGUCUGUUGCUGUCAAUAUGGCUCCAGCAGUCCAGAUUCUGGCCUUCUGCGUUCUGCCCAGUGAGAAUAUUGUUGCUACAAGUGCAUCCUUUGACACUGAAACAUGUUUCCAAAACAAGGUGUCUCUGCAAUUUUCUCCUGCUAUGGCUGUUCCUAAUGAGGGAAACGUUUUGACGGUCUCUGCUCAAGCAGGUUCCCUGUGUGGCCUCAGUGUUGUUGAUCAGAGCGUCCUGAUCAUGGAGCCAGGGAGACGUCUGAGUGCAGAAGCGGUGUUCAACUUGCUCCCAGUGCGUUCACUAUCAGAUUAUCCAUUUGGUGUUGAGGAUGAACAGGAGUGCCUGAAUGUUCGACCCCGUCGAGCUGUUCCGACUGACCAAGCUUACGAAGCUUUCAAGAGUGUGGGGAUGAAGGUCGCAACCAAUUUGCUUGUCCGAGAACCUCACUGCCUGAAGUACAGAGACCUGAAUUACUAUCGCAACUUCAAUGACGUGUAUUUUCGUGGUGCUGAAGCCUUUGCAAUGGCUGCUGCACCAAUGGCAGCGAGCGCUGGAGGCGAGAGCAGCUCCUCUUUUGACGUGACCGUCAGGACUUACUUUCCAGAAACCUGGAUCUGGCAGCUUGCUCAAGUGGGAGCUACUGGAUCCACACGAGUUCCCCUCAAGGUUCCUGACACCAUCACCACAUGGGAGACGGAGGCGUUCUGCCUGUCCUCCAAAGGUUUCGGUUUGGCUCCUCCUGUUAAGCUGACUGUCUUCCAGCCCUUCUUCCUGGAGCUCUCCCUGCCUUACUCCAUCAUCCGUGGGGAGUCUUUUGAUCUGAAGGCCACCGUCUUCAACUAUCUGUCCACGUGCAUCAUGAUUAAAAUAACUCCAGCUCCUUCCUUGAGCUUCACUCUUCAACCUCUUAAGCUGAAUUCAUCGUGUCUCUGUGCCAAUGGGAGAAAGACCUUCAAAUGGACUCUCUCAGCUUCUGUUCUCGGACCUGUCAAUGUGACGGUCAGUGCUCAGGCUGAACCAUCCUUGGUUCUAUGUGGCACUGAGCCUGUGACUGUGCCUGAGAGAGGACGCAUUGAUGUAGUCACUCGAAGUCUACUUGUUCUGCCUGAAGGAGUUGAAAGGAUCUUCACCCUGAAUUGGUUGCUGUGUCCAAAGGGAAGUGUGAUUUCAGAGGACCUAGCUCUAACGUUUCCAACAAACGUGAUCCAGGGAUCAGCCAGAUGCUCCGUUUCAGUCCUUGGGGACAUAAUUGGUCGUGCACUAAAGAAUCUUGAUAACUUAUUACGGAUGCCAUAUGGCUGUGGAGAACAAAAUAUGAUCAUUCUUGCUCCCAAUAUUUACAUCCUGAAGUACCUGGAAGCCACGGGCCAACUCACCGCAGCCAUCCGACAGACCGCCACCGGUUACCUUCAGAGUGGAUACCAAGGACAGCUGAACUACAGACACAGUGACGGUUCAUACAGCACAUUUAGUUACGGUGAAUCCAAUACAUGGUUGACCGCCUUCGUCAUGAGGUCUUUUGGCCUAGCAAGGAGUUUCAUCUUCAUUGAUCCGAACGUUCUUCAGAGCACAAAGGAUUGGCUGAUCAGCAAGCAGGGUUCAGAUGGCUGUUUUAUGCAGCAGGGGACUCUGUACCACAGUGACAUGAAAGGUGGUGUUGGUGAUAACGUGACCAUGACCGGCUACAUUGCUGCAUCACUGCUUGAACUAGGCGUCCUUGUCAAGGAUCCAGUCAUCACCAAUGCUCUGUCUUGCUUGAGGCCUUUCGUUGGGAACCUUGGAAACACUUAUGCCACAGCUCUGCUGGCCUACACCUUUAGUCUGGCUGGAGAGACCAGCACUCGUUCACAGCUUUUAAAAGCCUUGGACAGUGUUGCCAUUUCUGAAGGCACUAAGCUCCAUUGGUCUCAAACUACAUCUGGUGAUACUCUGGCGGUGGAGAUCAGCUCUUAUGUGCUGCUAGCGGUUCUCUCUGGUCAGCCUCUCACAACGGCUAAUCUGACCCGCGCUAACAACAUUGUCAACUGGCUCGUGGCCCAGCAGAAUCCCUAUGGAGGCUUUUCUUCUACCCAGGACACCGUGGUGGCUCUCCAUGCUCUGUCUCUGUAUGCCACUGGAGUGUUCAGCUUGGAGGGCUCUAGCACCGUUACUGUACAGUCAUCGUCUGCUGCAGAAGUAUAUAACUUUAGUGUGACUCGGGACAACCGGCUGCUGUAUCAGGAGAAGCCGCUGAAAAACAUUCCUGGCAAAUAUAAUGUUAAAGCAAAGGGCUCCACCUGUGUGUCUGCGCAGGUUGCGUGUUUCUACAACAUCCCCACACCCAUUAAAGUUGCCAGAACACUUAGCGUUGAAGUGAAGGUGGUGAGAGACUGCAAAGUGCUUGGAGCUGAUCUCACAUUGAACUUCACUGUAAGAUACAAUGGUACAAAACCAACUAACAUGGUUAUCGUGGAUAUUAAACUCCUGUCAGGUUUCACAGCAGAUACGUCACUGCUUGGGUCUCCUCCAGAUUCACUUGCACCAUUAGUGCAGCGGGUUGAUGCUGGAGAUGAUCAUGUGCUUGUGUAUCUGAAAGAGGUUCCCAAAGGCGUCCCCAUGACCUACAGAAUGCAACUGAAACAGGUUCUUGCAGUGCAGAAUCUCAAGCCAGCGGUCCUUAAGGUUUUUGACUACUACCAGCCAAGUGACUCAUUUGAGACCACGUACCUUCCCCCAUGUCCAUGAUUGUGUUUCAGGUCUGGCUUUAGGAUUCAUGAAGAAAAUAAAACUUAAAUCAGUCUUUGUUGCCUCUUGUUGAAUAUAUCAAACUUUUGCACCGAAUUUCUGUUUGACCUGUGA